AUGGGCGCAGGAGCAGCUCUCGUCGCCAAUGACAAAGAUACUUGGAAGGAACUCCUGGAUCCAGGGCGGAAAUUUUAUAACAACCGGAGGCUUAUUUGCCUAAAUGCCUGGAUUUUCCUCUUCCUCAUCACUUCGUCUUCGAAUGGUUUCGACGGGAGUAUGAUGAACGGAUUGCAAUCUCUAGAACAAUGGGAGGAAGACUUCAAUCACCCAACGGGAAGCAUGCUCGGGCUGCUCAACGCCAUUCAGAACAUUGGUUCUCUUGGUGCUCUUCCCUUCGCUCCGUACCUCUCCGACGAGAUCGGGCGUAGACCCAGUAUUUUGUUAGGAGCAACGAUACUCUGGGGAGCGACACUUCUCCAGACUUUUUCAUCUUCCGUCUCUAUGUUCAUUGGCGCCCGGUUCCUCGUUGGAUUUGGAACGACGAUAGCUGCCAACGCCGCUCCAAUGCUUGUAUCAGAGAUCGCCUACCCACCACACCGCGCAAUUUUAACGUCUCUGUAUAACUGUAUGUGGUAUUCGGGUUCUAUUGCCGCAGCGUGGGCCACAUUCGGUUGUGUGAAGCUUCAUAGUUCAUGGGCCUGGCGUCUUCCAUCGCUUGUACAAGGAAUUCCAUCAGCAGCACAGGUCUUGUUGAUGUGGUCAGCCCCAGAGUCUCCGCGUUGGUUAGUCUGUAAGGGUCAAGAGUCUCGAGCUCUGCAAGUUCUAGCACGUUACCAUGCCGAUGGAAAUCAACAAGACCCACUUGUGGUGCAUGAGCUUGAAACGAUAAAGACAGCUAUCGCUGAUGAUUGCGAUGCCGCCAAGGCGAACGUCGGCUGGUCCUCUUUCGUGCACGUCCCAGGCAACAGACGGCGUCUUUUUAUUCUGGUCGCUCUUGGGUUCUUCUCUCAGUGGUCUGGUAAUGGGCUUGUAUCAUACUAUCUUAGCGAAGUCUUCGAAACGAUUGGUAUCACGGACCCGACGAUGCAGUUACUCAUUAAUGGUCUCUUGCAAAUAUGGAACCUCUUUAUCUCUGUUGGCGCGGCAUUUCUCGUCGACCGAUUGGGUAGACGCUUUCUGUUUAUCACUUCAUGCGCUGGAAUGUUGGCAUUCUUCAUGAUGCAGACAGUAUGUUCUGCAAUGUUUGCGGAGACCAGAAGUUCUGCAGCUGCACAUGCUGUCAUUGCGAGCAUUUUCUUGUUCUAUGCUGCUUAUGACUUGGCGUUUACACCUCUCGUUGUAUCCUACUCCAUUGAAAUUCUACCGUUCGCGAUUCGGGCAAAGGGAAUGGCCAUAUACACCCUUACCGUAACGCUCUCCCUGAUUUUCAACCAAUAUGUCAAUCCGGUAGCCCUUGGCGCACUUGGUUGGAAAUAUUAUAUCGUCUAUUGUGUAUGGUUGGCAUUUGAGCUUGUAUACUGCUGCUUCUUCAUCGUUGAGACGAAGGGCCUCAGUCUCGAACAAACCGCCGCAUUAUUUGAUGGUGACAACAAGUCGUCGGUCGGUCAUGCCGACCAGCUAGAUGUUUCAUCGGAGGCAGAGACCGGCUCUUUCGUUCAUGUGUCAAAGGAGCUCCCUCGGAAUGAAGAUGGAAGUGAUACAAAUUCCCUCGCGCAUUCGUAUGCAACAGAUACUACGGUGGUCGAAGCCAUUAAGCCUGCAGCCUAG